CACAAGAAAGAGAUCAUUCGCUAUAUCUACAAUCACCAAAAUGAUGAUGGUGGAUGGGGAUUCUACAUUGAAGGCCGGAGCACCAUGAUAGGCUCUGCACUAAACUAUGUCGCAUUACGUCUAUUGGGAGAAGGACUUGACGAUGGUAAUGAGGAAGUUACCAGAGGCCGCAAGUGGAUCCUUGAUCAUGGCGGCGCAACUCAAGUUCCCUCUUGGGGAAAGAUCUAUCUUUCAGUCCUUGGUGUGUAUGAUUGGGACGGCUGCAACCCACUACCUCCAGAAUUCUGGCUUUUCCCUUCAUUUUUGCCUUUUCAUCCGGCAAAAAUGUGGUCCUAUUGUCGUACAACUUACAUGCCCAUGUCAUACUUGUACGGAAAAAGGUAUCAUGGACCACUCACUGAUCUUGUUUUAUCUCUUAGACAAGAAAUUCAUGUCGAACCAUACGAUCAGAUAGACUGGAAUAAAUCACGCCAUUAUUAUUGUAAGGAUGAUCUCUAUUAUCCCCACACCUUCAUACAAGAUUUUCUCUGGGAUACUUUGAACUACUUUAGUGAGCCAGUAAUGAGGUGUUGGCCCUUGAACAAGAUUAGACAAAAAGCCAUUGAAAAGACACUCAAACACAUGAGCUAUUCGGCAGAGGAAACUAGAUACAUUACAAUUGGAAAUGCAGAAAAGACUCUUCAAAUGGUGUGCUGGUGGGCACAUGAUCCACAUGGUGAUGAAUUCAAGCAUCACCUCUCAAGAGUUCCUGACUAUUUAUGGCUUGCUGAAGAUGGAAUGAAAAUGCAGUCUUUUGGUAGUCAAAUAUGGGACUGUACUUUUGCCACUCAAGCUAUUAUUGCAACUGGCAUGGUUGAGGAAUAUGGUGAUGGCCUUAAGAAGGCACACCUCUACAUAAAAGAAUCUCAGAUCAAAGAUAACCCAAGUGGCGACUUCAAACGCAUGUAUCGUCAUUUUACUAAAGGUGGAUGGACUUUCUCCGAUCAAGAUCAAGGAUGGGUUGUAUCAGAUUGCACAGCUGAGGCACUUAAGUGUUUACUCCUGCUCUCACAAUUUCCAAGUGAAAUCGCUGGAGAAAAGGCCAAUGUUGAGCGCUUGUAUGAUGCUGUAAAUGUCCUUCUUUAUCUACAGAAUCCUGGCAGUGGAGGGUUUGGAGUCUGGGAGCCCCCGGUUCCACAGAUAUAUUUACAGGCAAACAUUUACAUAUACUAUGCGUUGAAUCCUUCAGAACUUUUUGCUGACAUAGUCUUGGAGCAAGAGCAUGUUGAGUGCACAACUUCAAUCAUCCAAGCUCUAUUAUCCUUCAAACUUAUGCAUCCAGGCCACCGUGAGGGAGAAAUAGAAACUUCCGUGGCAAAAGCUGUGCGAUUCCUUGAAGAAAGACAAUGGCCUGAUGGUUCAUGGUAUGGCUAUUGGGGAAUUUGCUUCCUCUAUGGCACAUUCUUUGGGCUAGGAGGGUUAGCUGCUGCGGGGAAGACACAUGACAACAGUGAUGCAGUUCGAAAAGGUGUCAAUUUUUUCUUGUCAACACAAAAUGAAGAAGGUGGAUGGGGAGAAAGCCGCGAGUCCUGCCCAACCAUGAAAUACACACCAUUGGAAGGAAACAGAACAAACUUGGUACAAACAUCAUGGGCAAUGCUAGGUCUAAUGUACGGUGGACAGGCGGAGAGGGAUCCAACACCUUUACACAAGGCAGCAAAAUUGUUGAUUAAUGCACAGAUGCAUAACGGAGAUUUUCCUCAACAGGAGAUAACUGGAGUUUCCUUGAAGAACUGUACUCUGCAUUACGCACUAUACAGGAGCAUUUUUCCAUUGUGGGCCCUCGGAGAAUAUCGUAAACGUGUCUGGCCAUCCCUGAGUCUGAGCAUGUCAUAAUUUCACCAAUCUACCUUUGUUUCUUAAAAUAUAUUUUGAAAAAUAAAAGAGAAUAUUGUUGUAUGCUACAAAUAUACAAAUAUAUGGGCUUAUGCCUUAUGUUGGAGUUAUUGUCCUUUCCAAUAUUAAAUCAGUAACUUGUAG